CUGGCUUUGGGACUGAUCCUUUCAGAACUCAGAGCAGGCGCUCAGCCAGCAGGCAUGGCGGAGGCUGAGACUGAGUACUCCGAGGAUAGGUCAAAGAUCCAAGGAUGCCGGAAGAUUCUCGAGACCCUCCAGGGGGCUAUUGAACAAUUCCAAUACAACCCCAGACUUACUAUUUCAGAUAAUUUGAAGAUUGGUUUUUUCACUUCAGACCAUGCUACUCAGACAGAUUGCAGUGAAAUUUUGCCAUUGAAAGAUUUGACUCAGUCAACAGAAAAGUUAAUGCAGAUGAUCACAUCACUUCAGGUGGAUUUUGGGUUCCUCAAAGAUUUGGUUCAACUGAAGUUUGAGGACCGACUUAAAGAGGAGUCUUGGAAAAUUAUCAAUGUGCUUCAAGACAGGAUUUUAGAAAUGAAAAAAUAUUACCAGCAGGCAGAAGACACCAUGAGGAAAAGCUUUCAACAGCAGUUAUGUGAUGCCAUCGCUGUUAUCCGAGGGGCGUACAUGAAAUUCUUUGAGAUAGAAGAAGAAAAGGCUGCCCUGCAAGAUGCAGCAGACAUCAAAAUGAACGUUCUAACAAAAAAGCUGAAAGAGGAAGAAGAAAUUCUUAAGGGCUUAAGAAAUGAACUAGAACAAUAUGAAAACAAUUUAGGCAAGGAGGACAGCUCUCCAAGGCUGACUGCAGAAAAAGAACUUAUGGAAUGCAAGACGGAGAACGAGAGGCUGCUGCAGGUGAUUGCAAUGCUGGAAGAGGAGGCGCAGAUGAGCCUGAAAGAAAACUCGAUAUUAGAGGAUGAAAUUAUAUGUCUGAAAGAGAUUGCAGACCAGGAUCAGCGAACUAUUCAAAAGUUAAUGGACAGUAGAGACAGAUUGAGAUAUGAGUUGGAUUGUGAAAAAUUAGCCGUUCAAGAUAUGAUCAAUAAGCAGAAAGAAGACAUGGAAUUAAGAAGAAAGUACGCCAGUAUAAGCGCCAAGAGAACAACCAGAGGAAGAGAAUCUGCUUUCUACUCACGGCCUGGGAGUCGUCAAGCCAAGGGCAUGACUGAAGGCCAACAUUUUAUGAGGCCACCUGCUGCUUCCCUCAGUGUAUCACCUAAGCUAAAGAAGAAGAUGGGAAAGAGAUAUAUUGGUGCCGCUGUUAUGCCUUCUCCUGUUCUUGCUGAAGCUCCUGCUCCAGCUCCUGCUCCUGCUCCUGCUGCAGCGUCCACUGCAGCGCCCGCUCCUGGGGUUCCUGUCACAAUGGUCGCCACUCCUACAGCCAUUACCAAUUUCCUCGCAAGGGCCGACAAGCAAAAGCAUGUUACAUUUCUACUGCCUCACAUGGUGCCUGAAGAAGUACUUUUAAAUUUACAGAUGCUUAAGGAUGAAGACAAAAAAGUUAUGCAGGAGGAAAUACAAACAUUAAAAACUAAAUUGGAGAAUGAAAAGAAGAGAAUGGAAAGGAUUCGAAAGGAUGCUGAUCAGAUCAACAAGAACUGGGAGAGAAGAUUUCUCAUCCUCAGGAACAGUUUUCACGUCCUAAAGGAUGAGAUGUUCACCAGACACACACUUUUCCGGCAGUUUGCAAUGAUGGCUGACACCUCCUUCAACUACGUUAAAGUUAAGCCCGUGUUUGUGCACUCCUCAAUAAACUUGACAGAGUCAUCCUCUGCAACAAAUGCUUUUCAGCCAACCAUGAUGGAACACAAGUUUUUGGACAUACCCCGUGACCAGGUGACCUUUACACGCUCACCAAAAGCGACGUCGCUUACAUCUCAGGAGAAGCAUUUGGAGAAAUCAUUCAGGCACCAGUACAUUCCUGGAAGACGUGCGGAGUCACAUAAAUAAUGGCACAGCAAUCUGGGCUCCGCAGACGCAGCCUCAGAUGAAGAUGUUCCUCAUCCUGGCUGGCAUAAGACUUGCCCACCCCUGGCAAGUAAUACGGUCUCCAAGAUGGUUCUAUACUGAUCAUUUUAGCUUCUGCUCUUCACGUACAGGAAGCGAGCCCGGUGCUUCGCUUAGGUGGAGAGGUACGUGCGCCUUUGCGCACUUUCUCAAGCCCUACGGAAGCCCUUCAGGGUAAAACUGUGGGGCAUCCUUUCUGAAGUUCAGAGGCCUGCCCCAGUGCCUAAGGGUGAGAAAGAAUGGAUUUCAAUAAAAAUAAAAAUAAAAG